AUUGUAUUUGUCUGUAGAAAUCCAAAAGACACUGCUGUUUCUUUCUUCUAUUUUCACAAAAUGGUAAAACAUUACCCAACCUAUGACUCGUGGAGUGAAUUUCUGAAUGAUUUCUGCGAUGGGAAUCUUGUUUUUGGAAACUGGUUUUCAAUGAACUCCUAUUGGUGGAGUCAACGCAACGAUAAAAACGUACUGUUCGUCAAAUACGAAGACGUGCAAAGAAGUCUCAGUGAUGUUGUUGAGAAAGUUGCAUCGUUCCUCGGAUGGCCUAUUACGGACAAAAAUCUAACCGAGCUUCUCAAACACUGUUCCUUUGAGUCGAUGAGGUCAAACAAAAAGGUCAACUAUAGUGAACAUCCACGGAUGGACACCAAAGAAAUAACAUUUAUGAGAAAGG